AAGAAAGAAAGAAAAGAAAUGUCCUCCAAACCAUGCGCUAACUGCAAGAAGACAGUGUAUGUCAACGAGAAGAUGGAUGCUGAAGGUCGAUGGUACCAUCGUAGGUGCUUUAAGUGUAUGGCGCCAAACUGCAAUGCUUCGCUGACGCUCAGGUCCUUCCAGAUGGCAGCCCUGGAUGACUCCAUCAUUGACCCCUUGACCCACCGUCCGCUCAAGGCCCUUGUGUGCAAGGACCAUAUCCCUAUGCUUAAGCAUUCGAUCAACAAGGAUGCCCUCUCGCUCAAACACACUACCUCAACACCUCGACCUACCAUCCCCGGUCUUCACCGGUCCAUGAUGGGCAGCCGUGGUCUGGAGUCUAAAGAUGAGGAUUUUAUGGAGGAGCAGGAUAACACAAGGCCGUUCUCGCCAAGAUCGCUGGACCAGGGAUCCCAUGCUGAGAUCUUUAAAUCGCUCGGAACUGAAAAUAUAGCCAACAGUGAGGAAGAAGAUAAUGUGGAUAGUGAGUAUUCGGCGCCGACGACAACGCUUCCUAAAUUCGUACAUGGCCGCUUUACGGUGUCGAGGGUCUCGGAUCCAGUAACGGCGUCGCAUGUGGAAGCAAAAAUGGCACAGGAUCCGAAUAAGGACGAUGACUCGUUCAGGAAUAUUCCUGUUCACCACAGCGAUUACGAGCAUAAGGACGGACACACCGCCAUGGAGGCAGAAGAUGGGAGCUGGGACGACGAUGGUGAUGACGACGAUAACGAGGAGGAGGAUCAUAAACAAGAGCGCGUAUUCUCGAUGAAGAGGGGUGAUGCCGAGGACGCGACUGAGCAAGAGCAGACAGCUUUAGGGGAUAUGACGUUUAGCUCCAAGUUGAUGGAGCACAUGAAGCAUGGACGCAGCGAGAGCAAGGAGGCUGUUGAGGAUAGCCCUAAGGCUGUCAAUGACGAUGAGUGGGAUGCUAUCCCGACGGACAGCUAUAGCCGAUGUGAGAUUAUUGCUGGCAUGUAAAGAUCUAUCAUCCUGCUCUUCUUCCUCCUAGCCUUCAUUAUUUAUUCAUAUUAUUGAACAUCUCUCUGUACUUUUGCUUCACAUUGUAGUUUAUUGAAGUGUAGCAUGGUGAGUCUAGGAUGGUUUAUACAUAUUUUACAUGACAAUAAAAC